GAGGAGGAGGAGGAGGAGGAAGAGGAGGCCGAGGGCUCUGGGCCGCGGCCCGCCCCCGGCCCGCCCCCUGUGCCUGCGGCGUGGGGAGCCAGGCUGAGGCGGAGCGGGGCGACAGAGGGGCCGGCGGCUGGGCUCGGUUUCCUGCUCAGUGGGCGUCGUUGGGGUCCCGGCGGGCCCCGCCCCCGCGCCGCCCACCCCGGCCCCCGGCUGUCACUCAAGGCGGCGGGCUGAGGCCGGCGGCGGCGGCGGGCGGAGAGAGAGGCAGCUACGCCACAGCCCAGCGGCGGCCAUUCGUGGAAAAAUAGGCCGUCCCGCUCCUCCCAGCUCCGGCUGCGACCGGCCUUCUCCCCGCUACCCCCACCCCACCCUCCGCCUCCUCCUCCUCCUUCUCCUCCCCCCUAGAGCGGCGCCUCAGCGGGGCAUUAAUGCGGGAUGAGCGAUCAAAAGAAGGAGGAAACUAUGCCCACAGAGGGAGAGAAAUCUCCCGAGGCAGAGAAUAACAACAAUAAUAAUAAAAAAGGGAAAAGUGGAGGCUCACAGGAUUCUCAGCCUUCACCUCUUGCUUUGCUAGCAGCCACUUGCAGCAAAAUAGGAACUCCUGGUGAGAAUCAAGGAACUGGACAGCAGCAGAUUAUUAUAGACCCAAAUCAAGGUUUGGUGCAGCUUCAGAAUCAGCCACAGCAGUUGGAAUUGGUAACAACUCAGCUUGCUGGAAAUGCUUGGCAGCUCGUUGCCGCUGCUCCUUCUGCUUCAAAAGAAAAUAAUGUUGCUCAACAAGGAUCUUCUGUUGCCUCAAGCGCAGCAAGUCCCUCCAGCAGUAACAAUGGAAGUACAUCUCCUUCAAAAACCAAAUCGGGCAAUUCUUCUACAACGACCCCUGGACAAUUCCAAGUCAUUCAAGUACAGAAUCCAAGUGGUAGUGUCCAGUACCAAGUGAUUCCACAGAUUCAGACAACGGAAGGUCAAAUCAAUCCAUCCAACACUACUGGUCUACAAGACAUACAGGGUCAAAUUCAGCUUAUUCCUGCUGGGAAUAAUCAAGCUAUCCUCACAACUGCAAACAGGACAGCUUCGGGAAAUGUUAUUGCUCAAAACCUAGCAAAUCAGACAGUUCCAGUCCAAAUCAGGCCUGGUGUUUCCAUACCACUGCAACUGCAAACUAUUCCUGGUACUCAGGCACAAGUUGUAACAACGCUACCUAUAAACAUCGGUGGGGUAACCCUGGCUUUGCCUGUGAUUAACAACGUUGCCACUGGAGGAAGUUCAGGACAAGUUGGCCAGUCUACUGAGAGUGGAGUUUCCAAUGGAAAUCAGCUGGCAUCUACACCUGUCACUUCUGCCUCUGGUAGUACCAUGCCAGAGUCUCCUUCCUCAUCUUCCACCGCUACAACCACGGCCUCGACAUCUCUGACUAGCAGUGACACACUGGUAAGCUCUGCAGAAACAGGCCAAUACACAAGCACAGCAGGCAGCAGUAGUUCAGAGCAGGCGACUGAGGAACCUCAAACAACUGCUGCAGACUCGGAAGCCCAGAGCUCCAGUCAGCUUCAGUCCAAUGGACUACAGAACGUCCAGGAUCAGUCAGGCUCCCUUCAACAGGUCCAGAUCGUAGGUCAGCCUAUUCUGCAGCAGAUACAGAUCCAGCAGCCUCAACAGCAGAUUAUUCAGGCCAUUCCUCCACAGUCAUUUCAGCUCCAGUCAGGGCAGACUAUACAGACCAUCCAGCAGCAGCCUUUGCAGAAUGUUCAGCUGCAGGCAGUGAGCCCAACUCAGGUGCUCAUCAGGGCUCCAACUUUAACACCAUCAGGACAGAUCAGCUGGCAAACUGUGCAGGUUCAGAAUCUGCAAAGCCUUUCAAAUCUGCAAGUUCAAAAUGCUGGGUUACCCCAACAACUGACCAUUACCCCUGUGUCUUCAAGUGGUGGCACAACCAUUGCCCAGAUUGCUCCCGUGGCUGUUGCUGGUACCCCCAUCACUCUGAAUGCUGCCCAGCUUGCUUCAGUACCUAAUCUUCAAACAGUAAGUGUUGCCAACCUGAGUGCUGCAGGUGUUCAAGUUCAAGGAGUCCCUGUUACCAUUACCAGCGUUGCAGGUCAACAGCAAGGACAGGAUGGAGUAAAAGUACAGCAAGCCACAAUAGCUCCUGUAACCGUAGCAGUAGGUGGCAUUGCUAAUGCAGCAAUUGGUGCUGUUAGUCCCGAUCAGAUAACACAAGUGCAGCUUCAACAAGCUCAACAAGCUUCUGACCAGGAAGUGCAGCCUGGCAAGAGACUGAGAAGAGUUGCCUGCUCAUGUCCUAAUUGCAGAGAGGGAGAAGGAAGAGGCAGCAAUGAGCCAGGAAAAAAGAAACAGCAUAUCUGCCAUAUUGAAGGAUGUGGAAAAGUUUAUGGCAAGACAUCUCAUCUUCGGGCACAUCUGCGCUGGCAUACCGGUGAAAGACCAUUUGUCUGCAACUGGAUUUUUUGUGGCAAGCGAUUCACAAGGAGUGAUGAGUUACAGAGGCAUAGAAGAACCCACACAGGUGAAAAGAGAUUUGAGUGCCCGGAAUGUUCUAAAAGGUUUAUGCGAAGUGACCAUCUCUCGAAACAUGUCAAAACUCAUCAGAACAAGAAGGGAGGUGGAACAGCCCUUGCUAUUGUUACCUCAGGAGAACUGGACUCUUCAGUUACUGAGGUUCUUGGUUCUCCAAGAAUUGUCACUGUUGCUGCCAUUUCUCAAGAUUCAAACCCAGCAACCCCUAACGUUUCAACAAACAUGGAAGAAUUCUGAAAGGAUCAUUUAUAUGGACACCUAGUGCUGCACUUAAGUUUACAUACCUUUCAGGAUAUGGAAGUGGGCUGGUAACGUGGAUUACAGACAGGAAAUCUUUAUUUUCAGUCAUGACUUCUGUAAGUGUUGCAGGUUGGAGGGCCAGCAUGGGAAGUGUACACCGGUGCAACAAGACAAAAAUUUCAAAAAUACAAACAGCGCAAAUUGAUGACUGUAUAAACAGAUAGAGGAAUAAUAGUUCCAUACUGUACUUUUUUAGUUAUACCUCUGUAGAUUCUGUAAUGAUUUUAAGUGAACUUUGCCCCCUAUUUUAGCACUGUAUGGUAAUGUGUUUAUAAAAUCAGAUAGUGUCAGUGUAAAACUGGGUGGACCUUGACUAGGAUUAAUACCAUUUGAUGAAGGCACUUUGUUUUUAACAUAAAUUUGUUAUGUUUUCAUGACAGCAUCAUUUUCCCAUAAGGCACAGCAAAACAGAAUACAGGAUGAGCAACGGUGGAUAUAUUUGGGGUUUUUCUCAGUCCAUACAACACAUCUGUUAAUUUUGGCCAUCUUUUCUCAAGUUUUGGAAUUAUUCAAAUAGCAGCUGGGUGAUGCAUGCUGCAAAGUGAUUCUGAGGUGGGCCUCAGAUUAAUUUUGACUACUACAUUAUAGUAGUGUAUAUAAAUGACAAUCAGUGAGUUCUAAUUCCUCUCUUUGUGUGGAGAGCUAGGUUACGUAGAAUUAGUGCAAGCAGUAGGAAAGAUAAAACCAUAGAAAGAUAUUAACAUAAGAUUUACAAAAGUAAUGGUAUCUUUAUGUAGAAUGAAAAAAAAUGUGUCAAUUUUUGGUAAUUCAUUUCAUUUUGUAUUUCCCUGCCCAUGGCAAGGAGGUUGGAACUAGAUGAUCUCUGAGGUCCUUUCCAACCCAAACCGUUCUGUGGUUCUGUGAUUCUGUAUUUUAAAACAUCUGUGGCCCGUUUCUAACUCAUAGAUAACUUCAAUCUUAAAAACUCAAACUUAGGUGUUUGAAUGUUUUAAUUUUGUUAGAAUUCAUGGAAAUCAAUCAGACAGCUGAGUGUUGUUCAGUAUCUCCUCUCUGUAAAUACUAGUUUAUUAUGUUGUGGUUAAUGUGCUGAGUUCUUUGUGCUUUGACUUAAUAGCCAAAGAAAAAAUUACUAUCACAUUUUAAUUAGAAAAGAAGUAAACAUUUUCUCUUUCCCCUUGAAUAUUACCAUCUCUUUUUUUCUCUUCAAGAAUAAUAUGUACACUGGUAAUAAAUAUCUGUUACCUAUCAAGUCUUAUAUUGACCCUCCAACCACAAAACAAAGAGAGAAGAGAAAUAUUAUCUUUUCAGGACAUGACUUUCGGUUUCAAAGGUUUGGUUACAUUUUCAGAUGUGAUGGUGAAUAUGGAGGAAAUGUAAAAUAAAAAUUAAAAAAAAAAAGAAAAAAAAAAAAGGAAAAAAACAACAACAAAAAUUGCAUUUUCAAUGUCAAAAUUCCAGAAGGUACAAGGAGGAAAGAUGGCCAAAUAUUUCACACUCAGGAUUUUUAAUUACUUCCCCUAGGCAUAAAUAUAACCUUUUACAUCUACAGUCACUUGUUAAUAAAUUCUCAUGAUCAGUGUUUAAGGAGAUUUAUACACCAAAAUAUUUUUAAUGUAACUGAAGGAAGUACAGUGCAAGAAGAAUAAGAUGGGUUUUUUUCCCCUACAAAUUAUGAAAGGAAGAAUGUGUGUGGUAGCUGUUGGUUUGCAAGACAUAACAGUACCCUGUGCAUUCCCUAAAGAGCAUAUACUUCUCAUCUGAACAAUUUAUCAAUCUUGUGGUGUUUUCUGUAUUUUUGAAGCAAAAGAAAUACCAUUGUUUACACUGUGUACACUUUAGGCCAGCCCUUUGUAGCAAAAUACUAAGCUGAGGGUAUUUUAUACUUUCAGUUUACAUAAAAAGCUUUGAGAUUAAAGAAAAAACAAUUUUACACUGUGGUUAUAAAUUUCAAGUUUCUUAAAGCUUUUUUAGACUUGUAACAGAGUCUUUAAAUUUUAGUUGGGUUUUGUACAUUGUUUUGUAUAUUUUAUUUAAAGUACUCUUAACUGAUGUAUCUGGAUUUAAAACGUCAGAAGCAAUUAGGUGUUACAUUUAAUACAGAUGAACAUUAGGUAGUAUUAACUGUUAAUUUUAUUAUAAAGGAAAUGAAAUGUCAAAGAUAUAUUUUAUCAUUAUGCUUCACAAUCAGUGCUCUACAUUACUUUAUGCAAAGGAGAACUUUCCUAAUGUUAAUAUCAUAUUUCCUAAAAGUUAACAGUUUUGUAAACUGAAGUUACAAGCAUUCUGCACAACCAUUUCAUAUGUAAUUUUUUCUUGCAUACUUAUGUAUGCAGAUAGGAAACUGAAGUAAUUUUUAAUCUGCAAUGAAUCCCUAUUAUAGAUGUAUCCAAAUCUAAAUCUGGUUGGCUUCAUAGCAUCUCAAGUACAUUAACUUGUGUUAGCAGGUGCACAUUUUACCACUGGAAUUAGAAACAUUCUGCCAGUCUGUUCUGCAUACCAUUCUGAAUCCACUUUUCUGUCUUAAAAGGAUCGUAAAUUUCAAUGUCCUUUAUUUGACUCAGUGGGAUAUAGCUGUUGUAAGUAAUAGGGCACAGAUGUGCAGUAGUAUCUUGUUUAAUGGCAUUUCACUGUUCAUUCCCUUUGCCACCAUUAAAAAUUUUGCUUUAUUGUAAUUAUCAGUGCAAAGUGUAUUUACCAUGGUAGAACUCCAGUGUUAGAAUAGUUUUUUUCUUACGAUAUACUUUCUUUGGUUAGCUUUGUGUAUGUGUUGCCGAUUACAUUAGCAAUUGGUGUUAAGUCAUUAUUUAUCACAUUCUUUCACGAGAGCAGUAAUAAAAGUGUGUAAUCUAGGAGAAAAAGUUAAUUUGUCAAAGUUAAGUAAGCAUGAUGUUUAGGUCCUAUUUUUCAAUUUUAUAACUGUUUUAUUGCAACAAUAUUUGUAUUUAAGUCUUCAUUUUAAUGCCUUGUGGUGUUUUUUUAUGCAUGUCACUGAAUUGUCAUCCCGCAAGAAUUGAUGUGCAGCAUAGGGUAUUAAAUCUACAUGAUGAUUUUGAAACAGAAAAAUAGUUGAUGGUAAAAAUGUAAAUGUUUUGCAAAAAUUCCUUAUAAAAAAAAGUUUUGUAGUAAUAUUUCACUUGUAAAUUUUUCUAAAAAAAAAAUGGAAAAGGAAAAAAAUGAGAGUAAUGUUUCCCCACAUCUAGAAUUUAGAAAUUAAUUCUGCCAGCAAAGCCUGUAAGGCAUUAAUCUGACACUUUUACAAUGCUGAUUUGUAUAAUUUUUUGGUGGGUUUGGAACUAAAAUCAUGUACAAGUUGUUGCCUGCAAUAACAUUUUGCAAGUAACCUAUUAAAAUUCCCUUGAGUUUAAAAGGUUUCUUCAUUUAAUUGCUUACAGUAUAAAGCAGCAAUAAAUAAUGUUUGUAUGGUAAUCUGUUCAUCAAGAAGAACACUAGAAAACAAAUGCUUCUCAAUGGGGAAAGGUUGGCAGCAGCUUCUGGAUUUGUGUAAUUAAGACCUGUACUUGCUGGUCAGCGUUUCCCAACUGGCAGACUCCCAGCGGGGAAUUAAACCAGCAGAUUCUAGCUCAGCAUGAAUUCUGUGGGGUUUGUGCAGCUCUUGCAAUGGAAGCUACGGUUGUUCCUGAACACACCAAAGGAAUGACCAAAGGGAAAAAUUUCCUAAGGUAAGGAAUAGAUAAAAUACAAAUUUAGAAAACGGACGAUAAUUCAGUUUGACAGAGAUAAAUAAUAGAAGCAUCACUGUAUUGCACACAGGGAAUGAAUAUAACAAAUGGAAACCUGAAAGUACUGACUUCAGCUCAUAGAAAAUAUAUUCAGCUUUUCUUAGUGAGUUGUUAACAGGCUCCUGCACUGUGUUACACUAAAAUAACUUUCAUGGUAUGCCAAAUUGCUAAUGAUAAUGUUAUACUAUUUUUUUUCAAUGCUAAAGAUUUGUAUGGUAGACUUUACCAUAGUUUUGCCAUGAACGAGCAAUGCUGUUUCACAAAGGAAGAAAUACAUAGAGAAUCACAGGAUCAUAUAGGCUGGAAAAGACUUUAACAUCAUUGAGCUCCACUGAAAAGCUAACACUGCAAAUCCCACCACUAAAACAUGUCCCUAGCCACCAUGUAUACACAUAAGAAGAAGGCCACUUUCUUCCAUUUUCCAAAAGAAGAUGAAUUUAUAAUUUGGGACUUUUAACUUUGUACUGCAAAACAGAAUUGUCUUUCCUACUGAGAUAUAAAAUACAUUAUCUUUGUUAUAUGUUUGAUUAAAUACCUGUUAGUCUCAGUAACCUCUAUUUGAAUGGCAAAUUUCUGAAGUCAAUCUAUGUCGUAAUUCAAAGUAAAUGGACAUCUGACCAACUAAUAUGUCUUUAUUGACCAAUUUUUUAGUAUUGUGGCACUGGUGUGUUAUGAAGUGAAUUCUAUAUUACUGGUAAGAUACUAGUCCUCUGCUUACACCAUUUCAAUUAUACAGUGUCAGAAAAUAAAUCCUUGCAUAAGGACGUAAGGAUGAAUGUGCAUGUUACGUUUUACCCUUUUAGUCCUUCAAAUGUCAUUGUUCUACUCUGGGAAGCAUGAAGUGUGACACCAAAUUAAGUAUUUCUGUCUGCAACUGUAAAUUCACUAGCAUUGCUAAAAUUAUCUAAAGUUACACUUUAUAUUCAUUCCACUAGCUUUAUUUUCUGUCUGGCUAGGUAGCAAAUAUCAGGAUUAAUUCAUACUGAACUUCCUAAUCCCUUCCAUGCCCCUGCUUCCCAAUCCUUUUCAUUUCCCCAAAGCUACUUGCAUCAUUUCCUGAUAUCCUGAGAUUUGUCAAUGAAAAUAGGAGUGCUGUGGGGACAUAGAGCUGGCAUGUGCUAUCUUUGCUUGCUUGAGUACCUUCCAUGGAGAGAAAGGACAGUGAGAUACCUUUUCUAGAAGACCCUCACUAAAAAUGACCAGAGGUUAUCACAAGCAGGUGGGUUGGUGCUUUGCCCAACUACUGUGGAUGCAGUGAUGUGCAUUUUUCGGUUCAGUUUAUUAUGGUUUGUUGAGUGGUUUUCAUAGCAAGUACCAAAAAUUGCCUGCUUCUAAAUUGCCAGGUCCAGGAACACAGGCAUUUCUUUGCCUUACAUGAGCAGCAAUGUGCAGUGUAAGAUUCAUAAUAUACAAAUUCAAAGCUAUAUCUUUCAUUUCUACCUCUGUGUUUGGAAAAUGCCUAGCCUUGAGCAUUUAAUAAUUUUUUACAACAAUACUUUAGCACAACCUCUAAAAAAUAAUUAAAAAAAAAUGUUUCAACCUUUAUAGUUUGUCCCAGGAAGGAGAACCUGUUCUUAACUGAAGUGUAUUGGAGAACAUAAACAUUCAGAGAUUUCUUUACCAGAUACACUUUUUACAUCAUACCUGGAAUUUUUUGCUUUCUCUCUUGCAUCAGUUCCCUUGUGCAUCUGUGCUGUAUUCUAGCCUAUGUUGCCAUGAAGAUCUCUCUCAUUGCAUUUUCAAGUGCUAUAGUACUUUAUUUGAAUAACCUCUUGCUUCUUGCUAAACACAUUGCAGAAACACAUACACCAGACAAAAGAAGUACUUUCUCUUAAAUAUUUAUGUUGGAAAACUCCUUUGGAAAGUAUUUCAGCUGAAUGAGAUCUCUGUUCCAUCCCGACAUAUUAUGGAAGCUUAGUCCAAGCUAGAGUUUAAAAUAGAAGUUUGUAGGUCAGGGAGUGUUUAUCAAAAAAUGUUUGUGCUGCUGAUCUAAAAUUCUGUUAAGCAUUUAUUUUUAUGUUGUUUUUAGUUAAAUGCAUAGCUUUGUGUCAUUUGUGUAUAUUUUAAAGGAAAGUCUUGGACCAAAUUCCAGGAAGAGCCCAAUCUCAAAGCUGGCUGACCUUUUGGUGUUGACACAUUUGUCAAAGUUUUCAAUGAUUUUUAAAACUACUGAAAGCAAGUAGCAAGUGAAGCCUUCUCUGCAUAGACCUAGACACAUUCAGAUUUUUUAAAAAAGUGAUUUAAUGAGCAGCAUGAAACUACACAGAAAUAAAGUUGGUGGCCUUGAUGGAAUAAAAAUACUCUGGUUUAAAUGCUAAGAACUUAAGACGUGAAAUAGUCCUACACUGAAGCUCCUAUUCUUAAAUAUGAGCAGAACUGAUUUCACUGGCAUCCAACGUCAAUUUACUGGAAACAUUCAAGUGGUGUAAUUCAGAUGUAUUGUAGUAA